UCCGUUCCUUUGCUGGUCUCUGUCUUAAAAGGAAGGAGCAAGUGAGCGGGGAGGAGGGGGACAGUUGAAGACCCCUCUCCUCUCCCCGCGGCGGAUGCUGUUGUGGACUAAAAUGCGUUGCCUGGAAACCGGUGAAAGCUUCUCCCAGCGUUUUCGGAGAGGGACGGCGCUGGGGCGACCGCGGACGAGGGCCGGCGGAGUUUGAGCCCCCUCUUCCGAAUUCGGACGCCUCUCCUCUUUUUUUUCCCUCUCUCCUACUUUUCUUUCUUCUUCCUCUUCCCCCUUUCCCCCCCUCUCUUCUCUCCCCCCCGUCCCGCGUGCUCCCUCCCCCCGCCUUCGCCCGGAGGGGGCGCGGAGCGGAGCGGAGCAUGACCAGCUGUCACUACCCCGCGUCCCCGCCCGAGAGGGAGCGGAUGUACCAGCACAAGGUCUCGCUGGUGGUACGCUACUUCAUGAUCCCCUGCAACAUCUGCCUCAUCCUGCUGGCCACCUGCACGCUGGGCUUCGCCGUGCUGCUCUUCCUCAACAACUACAAACCCGUUAACUUCUCGACGGCGCCGCCUCCAGAUGGCUGCCGCGGGAUGCUCUGCGGUUUCGGGGCGGUGUGUGAGAGGGACCCGACAGACCCUGCCAAGGGCGAGUGUGUGUGCAAGAAGAUGGUGUGCCCGUCGGUGGUGGCGCCAGUAUGCGGGUCCGACUCCUCCACCUACUCCAACGAAUGCGAGCUGGAGAAGGCCCAGUGCAGCACGCAGCGGCGGCUGAAGGUGAUCCGCAAGGGGCCAUGCGGUCUGAAGGACCCGUGCAGCAAGGUGGUCUGCAGCUACGGCAGCACCUGCGCGCAGUCGUCCGACGGGCUGUCGGCCAAGUGCAUGUGCCCGCUGAGCUGCGAGGCCGUGCCGGAGCAGGUGGUGUGCGGCAGCGACGGCCGCGACUACCGCAGCGAGUGUGAGCUGAACAAGCACGCCUGCAAGGAGCAGAAGAACAUCCGCAAGCAGCAUCCAGGGCCCUGCGACCCUUGCAAAGACGAGAAGAACAAGCCGAAAGUGGGGUGCAUGGUGGAAGUCCACUCCCGGCGGGCGCUGACCUUCGCCCCGCCGGAGUCGUGCCCGCGGGACAGCAAGCCGCUGUGCGCCAGCGAUGGGCAGACCUACGACAGCGAGUGCUGGAUGCAGCGGACCGCCCUGCAGAAGGGCGUGGAGCUGAGGCAGAUACACCCGGGGCCGUGCAAGAAACAAGAGGAGUGUAAGGAGGAGUGCAGGUUCAACGCGGCGUGCCUGGUGGACGCGCUGGGCCCGCGCUGCUCCUGUGAGCCGCUGCAGUGCGACGGCACCUACAAGCCCCUGUGCGGCAAGGACGGGCGCACCUACAGCAACGACUGCCAGCGGCGCAAGGCCGAGUGCCAGGCCAAGGCCGCCAUCCCCGUCAAACAGCAGGGCCCGUGCGAUCUGCACACGCCCAGCCCGUGCCGGCAGAAGAGCUGCGAGUUUGGCGCGGUGUGCGUGGUGCAGGACGGUGAGCCCGUCUGCGAGUGCCCGGGCGCCUGCCCCCAGGCCCGCGACCCUGUCUGCGGCAGCGACGGCCAGACCUACGGCAGCCAGUGCGAGAUGAAGGCCAUGGGCUGCGCCCUGCAGAAGGACAUCAGCAUCCAGCACAGAGGCCCCUGCACGGAGACGUGCAAAAACUGCUCGUUCGGGGCGAUCUGCGACGGCCAGACGGGCAGCUGUGUGUGCCCCACGGAGUGUGUGGACUCCCAGCAGCCCGUGUGCGGCAGCGACGGGGUCACCUACGGCAACGAGUGCGAGCUCCACGUGCGGGCCUGCACCACGCAGCAGGACCUGAAGGUCGUGGCACAGGGAGAGUGCAAGACCUGUGGGGGCGCCGUGUGCGCGUGGGGCGCCCGCUGCGUCCGUAACGAGUGCAGGUGCCAGGAGUGCCCGGCGCAGCCCCCCUCCCCCGUGUGCGGGAGCGACGGUGUCACCUACGACAACGCCUGCGAGCUCGCCGAGGCCGCCUGCUUCCUGAAGAAGAAAAUCACCGUCGCCCGGGCGGGCAGCUGCGAUGAAGAUUGUGGCUCUGGGGGUUCUGGGUCAGGAGGGGACGGCACCUGUGAGCAGGACCGCUGCCGGAAGUUCGGGGGCGCCUGGGACGAGGACGCCGAGGACGUCCGCUGCGUGUGCGACUUCAGCUGCCACAGCGUGCCACGCAACCAGGUGUGCGGCUCCAACGGACACACCUACAGCAACGAGUGCGAGCUGAAGAAGGCCAGGUGUGAGAAGCAGGAGGAGCUGCGCAUCCAGAGUCAGGGGCCGUGUACAGCCACGCCUCCACCUGGCCUGACACAGCACUGCAGCCAGACAGCGUACGGCUGUUGUCGUGACAACGCGACAGCUGCCUUGGGUGUGGGACUGGCGGGAUGCCCAAGUACCUGUCAGUGUAACCCUUACGGCUCGUACGGGGGCAGCUGCGACCCCACCAGCGGACAGUGCUCCUGCAAGCCUGGCGUCGGGGGACAGAAGUGUGACCGCUGCGAGCCAGGCUUCUGGAACUUCCGUGGCAUCGUCACGGAGAGCACGAGCGGCUGCACACCGUGUAACUGUGACGCGCUGGGCUCUGUGAGGGAUGACUGCGAGCAGAUGUCAGGCCUGUGUUCCUGUAAGACGGGGGUGAAGGGCAUGAAGUGUAACGUGUGUCCGGAUGGCAGCCGGAUGAGCGCCAGCGGCUGUGACAAAGGUCCCCACGCGCCAAAGUCCUGCGCUGAUCUGGAGUGCAAGUUCGGGGCGUCCUGUGUGGAGGUCGACGGCCAAGCCCAUUGCGAAUGCCCCUCCCCCGACUGCGAUGUGGCGAACAAGACCAAGGUCUGCGGUUCUGAUGGCGUGACCUAUGCAGACCAGUGCCAACUGAAGACCAUCGCCUGCCGUCAGGACAAGGACAUCACCGUGAAACACCAGGGGCAGUGCACAGAAUCAGGCCUCCAGCCCGGGCCGGCACCACGCCCCACCCCUUCUCCGUCCACUGCCCGUGCCACCCCCUCUACUGCACGUGUCACGACCUCCCCCGCCCGUGCCACCCCCUCCGCUGCCCGCGUGACGACCUCCCCCGCACGUGUCGUGACCUCUCCGGCCCGCGCCACAACGUCCGCCGCCCCUGCCACGCCCUCCACCGCCCGCGCCAGGCUCACCACGCCCCGCCGCGGCCACACCGUCACGCCCAGCCUCAGGGGGAAGGAGACGGGCGCGCCAGUUGCACGGGACCCCUCGCUAGUGGAGGCCCUCCCGCCAGGGGCGUUCCAGGAGCCCGAAGCCCCUUUCCCGGAGCCCAUCCCCGGCCCCAGCCCCAGUGCUCCAUCUGCUCUGUUUGAGGAUUCGGGCAGCGGGGAGCCCAGCGGUGACGACGAGGUGGAGGCUAGUGGCGAGAAGGAGGGUAGCGGAGAGGAGCCAGCUGAUCCCAAAGGACUGGAGACCGCGUUCCCGCGCCUGGAUGUCCGCUCGUCCUGUGACAACAGCCCCUUCGGCUGCUGCCCCGACGGCACCACAGCCACCAGCGACCCGGAGGGGACCAACUGUCCACCCACCAUGAAGUUCAGUGGAUUCCUGCACCUGGACCAGGUGGAGGGCCAGGAGGUGUUCUACACCCCAGAGAUGGAGGACCCCAAGUCCGAGCUUUUCGGAGAGACAGCCAGGAGCAUCGAGAGCGCCCUGAAUGAGCUGUUCAGGAAGUCCGACGUCCAGAAGGACUUCAAGAGCGUCCGGGUCCGAAACCUGGCUCCCAGUAACUCCAUUCUGGCUUUUGUGGAUGCCCACUUCGACCCAGACACCAAGUAUGUGGUCGAGGAUGUGGAGAGGGCCCUGCUCAAACAGCUGAAGGCUGCCAAAGAGACGACCAUAGUGGUGAAGAAACCGGUGGAGCAAAACAUCCGUUUAAAUAACUACGGCCUCUCGACCGUCCCCUUUUUCACCACCACCACGAUAACCAUGGCGACAGCGACGGCGACCGUGCCCUCCACCACGGCCCCCCUGACCACACGCCGCCCGGGCACCACCCGCCGCCCCACCACUGGCCGCAGGACCACCACAGUCGCCCCGGCGACCACGCCCCGCGCUGCCGCCGCCGGCACCAAGCCGCCGACGCCCUGCGACUCGCACCCCUGCAGCCACGGGGGCACCUGCGAGGAUGACGGCAAGGAGUUCACCUGCACCUGUCCCGCGGGGAGAGGCGGAACCGUCUGCGAGAAAGCCAUUAAAUACUUCAUCCCGUCCUUCGGGGGCAAGUCCUUCCUGGCCUUCCCCACCGCCAAGGCCUACUACAUGAUGCGCAUCGCCAUGGAGUUCCGCGCCUCUGAGAUGACCGGCCUGCUGCUCUACAACGGUCACUCCUCCAAGAAGGACUUCCUGUCACUGGCACUGGUGUCCGGCUACGUGCAACUCAGGUUCGACACGGGCUCGGGCAUGGUGACACUCCAGAGCAGGGUCCGCGUGCAGCCGGGCCGCUGGCACCACCUGGUGGUCUCGCGGCACCGGCGCAACGGGGUGCUGAGCGUGGACAGCGAGGCCAGCGUGGAGGGCCAGAGCCCCGCGGGGACGGACGGGCUCAACGUGGACACGCCGCUCUUCGUCGGGGGCGUGCCGGAGGAGAUGCUGCAGGGUGUGAAGGAGCAGACGUCUGUCACCGUGGGCCUGGUGGGGUGCAUUCGGACCCUGGACGUCAACAAUGCGGUGCACAACCUGCAGGAGGACGGUGGCCAGGUGAUGUACGGCGUCGCGGUGGGAGAGUGCGGCAACGACCCCUGCAAGCCCAACCCCUGCAAAAACGGCGCCACGUGCCAGACCAAGGAGGCCGAGAUGUUCCACUGCAAGUGCGCCGACGGCUUCUCAGGUCCAACGUGUGCCGACACCCACAACCCGUGUGACCCAAACAAGUGUCAUCCAUCCUCCCAGUGCCAGGUCCUGCCAGAGGGCGGGUACAAAUGUGAAUGUCCAAUGGGACGUGAGGGAAGACACUGUGAGAGAGAAUCCAAGCCUGACAAGAGGGAGGCCUACAUCCCAUUCUUCAGCGGGGACUCGUACUUGGAGCUGAAGGGCCUGCACACCUACGGACAAGACCUGCAGAAUAAAGUCAACAUGACGGUGGUGCUCUUGGCCAACGAAUCCAACGGCAUGAUCUUCUACAAUGGGCAGAAGAACGACGGCAAGGGCGACUUCAUCUCGCUGGCGCUGCACGACGGAAUCCUGGAGUUCCGAUACGACCUGGGCAAGGGCCCGGCGGUCAUCAGGAGCAAUGAGAGGAUCAAGAUGAAUGAAUGGAACACGGUCAACCUGCAGCGCAACGUCCGCAAGGGAGAGCUCAGCGUCAACGGCGGGGCGCCAGCCCGCGGGGAGUCGAAGAAAUCGCGCAAGAAUGACAACCACGCUCUCAAUCUGAAGGAGUCCCUUUUUGUUGGCGGUGCGCCAGAUUUCAGCAAGUUGGCAAGGCUGGCGUCUCUUAGCAGCGGGUUCAAGGGCGCCAUCCAGAAGAUCACGCUGAUGGGCAUCCCGAUCCUGAAGCGCGAGAACGCGCUGAGCUCCAGAGACGUGUCCUCCUUCCGCCACCACCCCUGCGCCCGCGACGUGUGCAUGAACGGGGGCCUCUGCCACCCCCAGCUGGGGGGCUACGAGUGCAGCUGCCAGCACGGCUUCUCCGGGAAGAACUGCCAAAGUGCAAUCAUUGAGAAGUCGGCAGGAGAGGCGGAGUCCAUCGCUUUCGAUGGCCGGACGUUCAUCGAGUACCACAACGCAGUCACCAAGAGCCAACUGACCAAUGAGAUACCAAAUCCUGGGUCACGAGAGGGACCGCAAAACAAGAGUGAGAAGGCGAUGCAGGUGAACAGGUUCGAGCUGAGCAUCAGGACGGAGGCCACGCACGGCCUGAUCCUGUGGAGCGGCAAGGGCCUGGAGCGCUCCGACUACAUCGCGCUGGCCGUGGUGGACGGCCACAUCCAGAUGACCUACGACCUGGGCUCCAAGCCGGUCGUGCUGCGCUCGUCCGUGCGGGUCAACACAAACCAGUGGAUCCGCAUCAAGGCCAGCCGGGUGCUGAGAGAAGGCUCCCUGCAGGUUGGUAAUGAGGCAGCAGUCACCGGGUCCUCACCCCUGGCGGCCACACAGCUGGACACAGACGGGGCCCUCUGGCUGGGUGGCUUGGAGGAGUUAUCGGUGACGCGCAGGCUACCCAAGGCCUACAGCACAGGCUUCGUGGGCUGCGUGAGGGAUGUGAGUGUGGACGGUGUGGAGCUGCACCUGGUGGAGGACGCCUUAAACAGUCCCAAAAUACUACACUGUUCCGCCAAAUAACCUGGCGCCGCCUCCCCCACGCACAUCAUGUCAACUGCUGUAAUUAUUUUCUAUUUUUGUAUACUUUUCAUUGCUUUUUAUAUAU